AUGAAGUCCAGAAACGUCUUUAUCCUGGUGGUAGUACUUCUUGUCCUUGGGACGCUGGUGGCACAGGCAGCUGUCGCAAGAGGUCAAGGCACUACGAAAGGCAAUGUUCUGAUCAAAGGACAAGAUCCAGUCAAAGGCCAAGAUCCAGUCAAAGGUCAAGAUCCAGUCAAAGGUCAAGAAGGUCCAGUCAGAUUCCCAUGGAUCCCUAAGCCUGGCUCCUGCCCCAGGACUCUGUUCCAGUGCCCCAUGUUAAAUCCCCCUAACAAAUGUUUCAGAGAUGCUCAAUGCCUGGGGGCCAAGAAGUGCUGUGUGAGCUAUUGCGGGAAUGCCUGUGUGAAUCCCCGGUGAGGUGGAGUCUGUUCUUGCUGCACCUGUGAAGUCCCCAGGGAUGCAGAUCCUGGUGCCUGUAGCACUACUCAUUCUUCCUUUCAUUCGGGUGCCCAAACCUGGGAUGCCUCUCUCAUGGACUUUCCAAUAAAAGACCAUU